CAAGUAUUUUGUAACAUGACUUCGAAGAAUGGUGUUGGUGUGACAGAGAUUGGACAUGACAGCGAAUCAAGAACACUUGUGGACAAACAUGACAUCAAGGGUUCUUACAAGAGAACGAUCAAGUAUGAAAUUCCAAUGGAGCAGAUUGUUGCCAUUAUAGAACAGUCGAAGAAUUGCGAGCAGUUUAUUAAGUAUGAAUGUUAUCAUAGCAGAUUGUUACGAAGUUCUUUUGGUUGGUGGGUAUCACGUCAAGGCACAAAUAUGAAUUACUGGGGUGGAGCGGCAGUCGACAGUGGAAAAUGUGCCUGUGGAAUGACCAACAGCUGUGCAGGUGGAAAAAAAUGUAAUUGUGACAUCAAUGACGACACAUGGCGUGAAGACAGUGGAUACCUGACAGACAACAACACACUGCCUGUUAUUGAACUGAGAUUCGGGGAUACAGGUAAAAGCCGCAGUGUUGAUGAGCGUGGUUAUCACACACUGGGGAAAUUACGUUGUUGGGGAUGAGGAACAAAGAUAUACAAAAGAAAUUACCUCAAUCAACCAGUCUUACAGAGAGUAAAACUAUAAUAAUUUGAUUCAACCUGUAAAAGGUUGAAACCUGCCCGACUACCGCUCGUCUGCCCGCAACUCAUUGUAACUCUUCUUAUAAACAAGAAUUAUUAUCUUCAGUGACC